AUCUGCGCAGGAGGCGGGGCUGCCGUGCCUAUAUAAGGCGGCAGCGAGCGCCGCGCUGGUCUUAUUGCCGGAGCAGCGGGACUUGCAAGAUGGAGGACUACGACCUGGAUAAUGCGCUGGAAAGCGCCUCGCUGCCGUCGCGGACUUUCCUGUUCGGCUGUGAACUAAAGGCCACUGCAAAGGAAUUCAAAAUGGAAGUGGCGGACGAUAACUCCGAGCAUCAACUGUCUCUUCGGGUGGUUUGUCUUGGUGCUGAUGCUAGUGAUGAUGUACACUUGGUAGAAGCAGAAGGAUUGAAUUUUGAAGGCAGGAAUACAAAAAUCACAUUGGCUGCUUUGAGGUUAAAUGUACAACCUACAGUUAGUUUGGGAGGAUUUGAAAUUGAGCCACCAGUGACAUUCAGACUGAAAUCUGGAACAGGACCUGUGUACAUCAGUGGACAACAUCUCAUAGCUGAUUUGGAUUCUGAUGAAGAGGAUGACAGUGUGUUGGAGAAUGCUGUAGCAAAGCAAGCAGUUAAGCGAGCAGCUCCUGGAGAUUCGAAAUUAAUACAGAAAAAAAUGAAAAUGGAGGAUGAAGAUGACUUCGAAGAUGAUGAUGAUGAUGAUGAAGAUGAAGAUGAUGAUGAGGAUGAUGAAGAGAUUGCAGUAGUGACCCCUGCUAAAAAGAAAACUCCACAGAAAGUUACUCCUGGACUGAAGGGGGCAGGACCAAAGGGAGCUUCCAGCCAAAAUGGCAAAACACCAACCAAAGCCACACCAGCUAAACCACAAUCAAAAACACCAGAAUUAUCAAAGAAAUCAGGCAAUAAGCCUCAGACACCCAAGACUCCAAAACCCUCAUUGACAGCUGAAGAUAUCAAGGCUAAGUUGAAGGCUUCAGUGGAAAAAGGUGUUGGUCUGCCAAAAGGGGAAGCAAAGUUCUCCAACUACAUUAAACACAGUUUCAGAAUGGAGGACCCAGAGGUCAUCAAGGAACUCUGGGGAUGGAGGCAGAGUGUAGAUGGGAAAUGAAGACUGUUGAUAGGAAGUAGUUUUCAGACAUUGGAGUGAAGUUUUAUAUUGUUUAUGCAUCAGUUUCAUGUCAAUAAAUAUUUCUUUUCCAAUA